AUGUCAAAUAUAGAUAGUAUAUUAAACUCUAUCAUAACGUCAACAAGAUCAGCCAAUCUUGCAGUUCAAGAUUUAAUCAAUUCAGAAUCAAAUGUUGAAACUCCAGAACUUAUAAAAAAUUUACAACAAAAGUCAAACCAAUCAGAACUUGAAGGCAUCUCCUUACUCUCAUUAAAAAACCAAUCAUUAACUUCAUAUAUAAACAAUUUAGCUUUAAUAGUGCUAGGUCAAUUAGAUAGACUAGAAAAUGACGACUCCGAAAAUAUAAGAUCAGAUGCAAUAACUCGUUCCAUAGUUCAAAGAGUAACCUUGGAGAAAGGUGUAAAACCGUUAGAGAAAAAACUUAAUUAUCAGAUAGAAAAUUUGCUCAAAGCUUAUAAUAAAGAAAACGACUCAUACCAAAGAAAACAAAAUGAAAACGAGGAAGAGAUAGAAGAAAAUGAAAAGGGUGAAGAACAAAUAGAUUCUGAAGAUGAGGAUGAUGAGUUAGCAUUUAGACCAGAUGCGUCAGCAUUAGCAAAAUUAGCACCAAAAUCAGAUUUAAAAGAUUCCAAAUCAGAUUCAAAUGAAAAAUAUAAACCUCCAAAAAUUUCAGCUAUUGCACCACCAUCAUCAUUCAAAGAUUCAACUGAAAAACCUGAAAAAAAUCAAAAAUUACAAAGUAUGGAGGAGUAUUUACAGGAACAAAGUGAUUUACCUACUGCUGAAGCAAGUAUUGGUUCAACUAUUGUGGGUCAUGGAAGAGGUGGAGUUAAAACUUCUCAUGAUCGUAAAAAGGACCAAGAAAUUCAAAAUUAUGAAGAAAGUAAUUUCACAAGAUUACCAACAACUCAAACUAAAAAAUCUUUUAAACAAAAGCAAAGAGAUAUGGCUAAUCAAUUUGCCGGUGAAGAUUGGAGCAUGUUUAAUGGCAAUAACGAUAAGAAUUUAAGUUCUGGUACUUCAAGGAAAAGAAAAGCGACAACAUCAUGGGAUAGAGCUAAGAAAAAGCGUCAAUAA